CAGUGAGAAUGCAUAAUAUACACUUUCUUCUGGAAUACAUAUGCACUAAAUGCAAUUGUUUGUAAAUUUGCAAAAUGUGUUUUAGAAAUCCUGUGUUGAUUCUUUAUUAUAAAGAUUUUAUAAUGGCAAUAUUUGUUCUAGAAACUAUUUGAUAUCUUCUGAAAAUGUACAGUGCACUACUAAUAAGUACAACUACAGAGAUAAAUGUACAGUGCACUACUAAUAAGUAUAGCUACGGAGAUAAAUGUACAGUGCACUACUACUCAGUAUAUUUAUGGAGAUAAAUGUACAUUGUACUACUAAUAAGUACAGCUAUGGAGAUAAAUGUACAGUGUACUACUAAUCAGUACAGCUACGGAGAUAAAUAUACAGUGCACUAAUAAUCAGUAAAGCUACGGUGAUAAAAAAAUUUUUUAUUGUGACUGUAUGAGCUUUCCUCUUUAGAAGAAGAAAAACUAGCCAACUUUUAUCUGCCACAAUAAUAAGAUAUCUCCGGUUUCGUAAGACAUUCUUAUCUCCAGCAAAACAGUUCUCACAUGUUGUCUGUUUGUCACUACAGGUAGACAGAUGUUCUGCUACCUGCUGCAGUGGAAAAAUUUCUCAACACAGACAUGUCAAAAUUUUAUUUUUUAUUGUUAUUCCUCUGUUUAGCAAAUGCAGAUCCUGUUAAGCAGCACGGAUCACAAAAACCAUCUCUUGACAGGAGGAUCAUCGGUGGCAGCGUUGCUUCGAUAACGGACUUUCCGUACCAGUUGUCCUUUCAAGACUGGGGAGCACACAUCUGCGGUGCAGCAAUCAUCGGCUCCUACUGGGCAGUAUCAGCGGCACAUUGCUUCAACAACGCGCCCACGCCCCGCCUCAGGGCCGGCACGGCACAGCUGGGGGUCGGAGGCACGGUGCACGAAGUUGACCGCUACGUCCUCCACGAGCAGUUCAACAGCUGGAGCAUGGACAACGACAUUGCCCUCCUGCACGUCGUGACGCCGUUCCAGUUCAGCUCGUCCGUCCAGCCGAUCGGGCUCCCCUCGCAGGGGCAGGUGGUGGCUGCCGGCACCCAGGCCGUGGUCUCGGGAUGGGGGCUAACUUCAGCGGACGGCAGCGAAGACAGCUCUGUCCUGUUGUACCUGAACACUGUGGUAUUCAGCCAGACCCAGUGCAACUCGUUUUACUCCGACUACGGUGGCUUGGCUUCCGGGAUGAUGUGCUCCGGUUAUGCCGAAGCUGGCAAGGAUGCGUGUCAGGGUGACUCCGGCGGGCCCCUGGCCUCGGGAGGCAAGCUUGUGGGGAUUGUCUCCUGGGGCGACGGCUGUGGCAAGGCCGGCCGGCCGGGCGUUUACACGGACGUGGCAUACUACCGGAACUGGAUCUCAUCCAACUCUGGGAUCUAGACGAGUUCCCUCGGUGCGAAGUCGUGUGUUCCUGUAAUCACUUGAGCGACAUGUCAAUAAAACAGUACUGUACCUGC